CCAAGAUUGAGAAACAAUGGUUUUUCUUGAUAUAGUCCUUUUCAUAUAUAUAUAUAUAUAUAUAUUGGCAAGGAAAAGAGAAAUGCAAAUCGACUGUAAUUGCAGCAAUUUGAUUUUGGGGACGUGAAACCCACAUAAAAAAGAGAAUAUGCAACUAUAGAGGAUAUGGACAGAUGAUCUAUUCAGGCGUCCUUUACAAAGAAAAGCUAGUGACGGGGAAGAAACAGAGAGAGAUGGAGUGGCAGUAGGUGCUUGCUUCAAAGGAAGCUAAGCAUCAUUGCUACACUUGAAACUUAAUUUGUACUCAAAGUUCAUAUGGACAAAUCCAUUUUAACCUCAAAGACAUGGAUAUCUUUAGGUGUUAUUAAUUUUCAAGGUUUACUUUCACCACCCAUUUGAGGCUGGGAGAUCCUGCUCAGAGCUCACCAUGGCAUGCUUCGAGAGGGCGUCGCCCGCGCUGAAGGAGAUCCUGCUCAAGUUAUAUCGUGCUAAAAAACCUUUGGAUAUUGAUCAUCACUUGUAUGAAUUUGGGUCUGUAGAAUACCACAUUCAGUCUUCAGCAACAGACCCACAUCAUAAAUUCCUGUCAAUAUCAACUCCGCUUCUGUCCCAAGGAGUUCUGCAAUCAUAUGGGUUCUCCCCAUACACUACACGGAUGAUAAAGGAAGUUUGCUCUGAUGCUGUAGAGAUUGUUGAACCGCCAAGAGAAGGAUACCAGCUCACUCUAAAACUUAACUUUGCCAAGAUUCCAAGUGAAAAAGAUUCUGAAAAAGUGAUUAGACGAAUUUCUUCAGUGCAAGCAGUAAUACUGAGUUCCCAGCUGAAAGAAAUGUUGGAGAAUGUCAAUUCCCAGGGUACGUCUGAGGGGACAAAUAAACCAAUCAAACUCGUCUAUCACCCAAGAGAGCCCUUUUAUGUCGUCAAAAAGACACAAAAAAUCACUGCAGUAUUUCCAAUGCGCUUUAAAGAACCUUCAGAUGUGAUUAUUGCGACAGCCUUUUUUCAGGAACUCAUGGAUGUUGGAAGUUCAGAAAAAUGGGCUAAAGCACCGCCAUGUACUUGGUCCCCUAUUCCUCCACCAGAACUGAGAGGAGAGACUUUAGAAGAUUUAAGCACCAAUGGAGGGUUUGUUUCUUUUGAUAUUUCAUCACGGCAUGUUGAAGGUAAAAAACUAGAUAAGACUGUAUGGAGUCUAUUAAACUUCUAUGCCUAUGUGAAAAAUCAUGUAAAGUGCACUAGAGGUUUCAUACAGAGAAGGAUGCAAAAGCGUUUGGAAAGCUUGGUUGAGGGCCUGCAAAAGGGAAAUUCGGAACAAAAUGAGGAUGGUACAAAGGUUAAAGCAAGUGCAGGUUGUAAAUAUGUUAAAAAACUGGUCAGUUUUCCAAAAACUGUAAUGCUUAAACGGAGAUGUGCUGAGCUGACCAGAAAGAUCAAGCAAAUUCGUUUUCGAAUUAAAAUCCAUGGAUUUAGGCGUUUUCGGAGACGUUGGUUGACAAUGCCAAAAUGUUCUUCUCCACUCGGAUAUACUAAACUAGAUUAAUUCACAUCCCAUAUUGAAUAUUUUUAUUGGCAAUCACGAUAUGUAAUUCUGUAUCACAUGUGGGAUUUUAUUUUUUCACUACUGUUAGUAAAAGCCUUUUCUCAUAGCAGUAUAUUCUGAACUCUUAUGUUAUUCAAGUCUACUUGGAUUAUAGCAAAGCGAUUUUAGAAGCAUCA